AUUCCGAAGGGUCUUGCCUCCUGGACGUCCUGGCGAACCGGCACGGGAAGUGGGGCGGCCGCCUGCGGGGGGACUUCAUCCUCAACGGACACCACGUCAAGCCCUCCAAGGUGGCUGACAGAUCGGCCUACGUGCAGCAGGAUGUCAACUUCUGCCCGGACAUGAGCGUGAGGCAGACGCUGCUCCUCCACUCCUUCUUCAGGUCGUCCGGUGACGUCACGAGGGUCAGGGAGGUCAAAGCCAGGAUCAACGGGCUCAUCAACGACCUGGGCCUCGAGCAAGUCCGCCACACCCGCGUGAAGGACCUAACCCUGAGUGAGAGGCGGAGGCUGAACGUUGCGUGUCACCUCCUCCUCGAGACGGACGUGGUGCUCCUCGACCAGCCCACGCGAGGAAUGGACAUCUUCGACACCUUCUUCCUGGUCGAGUACUUGAGGCAGUGGGCGUGUCGAGGAAGGAUCGUGAUCCUGACCAUCCAGCCUCCGACCUACGAGAUCUUCACCAUGAUCUCCCGGGUGGCUCUCAUCUCGACGGGGCGCCUCAUGUACUUCGGAAGGCGGCGAGAGAUGCUGCCCUACUUCGCCUUCAUCGAGUACCCGUGCCCGGCCUACAAGAACCCGUCGGAUUACUACCUUGACCUCGUGACCCUGGACGACCUGAGCGCGGAGGCCAUGCUGGAGUCCUCCCAGCGGGUCGAGAUGCUGGCCGAGACCUUCAGGAGACGCCAGGAGGCCCUCAGCGACCCCGGCCCCCCCGGCCCCCUCCCGCCCAAGGUCCGCAAGGAGAACAUCUGCAUGCAGCUCCUCGGGUUGUGGAUCCGUGCCAUGAUCUACCAAUUCCCCUACAACAUGAUGCACUGGCUGGGCAUGACAAUGGUGGCGGGCAUCAUGUCUCUCCUGGUGGGCGCCGUGUUCUGGGACGUCCGCAGUGCCUCGACGCAGCACCAGGAGAGCGUCAACAACAGGGCCGGGUUCCACUAUUCCAUGGCUGGCAUCGCCCUGUGGCCCGUCCUCCUCAUGGCCAUUUCGGAAGUGUGGAGAGACAAGCCGGCGGUGGCGAGGGACAUUGGGGAUGGCCUCUACUCCAGGGGGAUUUAUAUCAUAACGAAGAUCUGUUACAGUUUCUUAGCAGCUGGAGGUGUAUUUUUGGCAUACAUUCUCCCAGCUUACACUCUUGCUGGCUUCCCCUCGGCUGAGAAGUUCUACAUCUACAUUGGGUAUAUGCUCUUGUACCUCUUUGCUGCUCGGUCUAUAGCCAUCGCCUCAGCCUGCCUCUUCAGCACCCGCCACAUGGCUGCAAUGUCCACGGGCAUCGUACUUACAGUGGCCACCAUAGGAUCAGGCUUCACUGUACAUCCCCUGGAUAUGUCAGUCUGGACGUGGCCGACGUUGUGGUGGUCUCCUGUCAGGUGGAUACUGCACGAGGUCAACAGGUACGAGUUCGACAGCAAGAGCGAGUUCCUGUGCGACCGGAAUCCUGUUCUUCAGGACUCUCUCUCCGUCAUCCAGAGGAAGGCUCCCUGUGGCGUGGUCACCGCAGCUCAAGCCCUAAGGUACAUGGGUCUUCCCGAAGCCUCGCUCCCUGAUGUCUACUACCCAGCCGUCUUCAUAGUAGUGGCUUACCUGGUGGGUCAGGUGGUCACCAUCAUCGCUUUCAUCUUGUGCAGGAAACCCAAUCGAACGAAGAAGUAUAGGACUGAAUAGUUUGUCUGUAUUAGUUCUAGGUUAUAUAUUUUUAUCUGUUAGGUUUAGCUUAGUUAUUUAUAAGAAAUGAAAAUUGUGAUUUUUUUUUUUUGUAUUAGUUUUGUAUGGUUUAUUGACUUUUUUCUGAAGAAUGGUUUUCAUUCCGUGGAAAAUGCUCAUGUACAUUCUUAUGCAUAUAAAUACCAUGUGAUCUGAUGACAUAAAAUGAUUCUGAAAUGCAUUUAUAUUUUAAUGGUUUAAUGAGAAUUUAGUGUAGAUUCCACAGUUUUGAAUACUUCCUUUGUAUGGAAUUGUCACAUUAGCAGUAUUGUUGUUACAUGUAAUUUAUUAUGGAAGUAACUAGGAGAGAGAGAGAGAGAGAGAGAGAGAGAGAGAGAGAGAGAGAGAGAGAGAGAGAGAGA